AGGAUCAGCUGCCUUUUACAAACUGUCGUGGAGCGAAGCUGUGUCAGGAAGCUGCUCGAGGUUCACCGUGUGGCGUUGGUUUAGACUUUUAAACCUAACAAAACCGAACCAGCAUUCGAUUACUAAAAAUUAAGUGUAUAUUGCUGUCUAGUUUCUUCGGUGACGCAACCAGUUUUUCAGUGCACACUUUCAGAUAGCGAAACUGGUGUUGUGCCCGGACACAAGAAUCGGCUUGAGGAAGAUCAGCGGCUUGUAGUAAACCGAGCUAGAAAACAAUACUGGCAAGAAGGAAGAACGAGCAGCGAAACCACUGAAGACCCCCGUUCGCAAGCGGGCUCUGCUUCUGUUGGUACUUGCUCUGUCUUGCUUUAGCUCCUAGUUGUAUUUAAGAAAUCCCUGGCAGUCCUUAAUCUUCAUCAGGAAAAAAGCCAAUGGAUAAGAGGCAGGGAGAUUUGAAAUUUGCUUCUUCAAGAGUAUUUGGCAGAGAAGCUGGAAUGGGAAUUCUCACCCAGGCAAAUAAUGGAACAGAGCUGCAGAGGAAUAAUCAUUCACCAUUGUCCAAGUGCAAUAGCACGCGAUUGGGUCAAACUGGUAAAUCAAAGUGUAUUAAAGAGAAUAUCCCCAAAAACACAGCAGAGAGUAAAAUUCCUGUGGCAGUCAAAACUUAUCAGCGUAAAUGUGUAGUUGACUUUGAAAAGGCACAUCGUGCUUGGGAUGCCAACUUCAGGAAGGGUAAAGCUUUGAAAAAGAAGCCCUGUACUCAACCAAUACCAUUUAACUUCACUCAAAAAGGAGAGAGGCACAUACAGGGAAACUCUGCUACUUUCAUUAAGCAGAACAGUAUUGGAGGGCCAGCAUCUUCAAACCAUACUGCUACACCAGACAAAGCAAAGACUCCAAGAAAAGUGGUAAAGACUGUUGAAAAUGUGGCUACACCACCCGGUCGUGUUGUGCGUUAUUGUAAAGAAUCGGAGAGUACAACUUCAGAAAGAAACAUUAGUAAAAACCAACUUGCUUUGACCUGCUUGGACACUUCCCAAUCAAGAAGGAUAGAGGCUGUGGUCUCACCAAAUGGUUCAAGUGACCAAAGAUAUGGAAAUUCAUGCAAUGACGUUGUACCCCGUAGCCUCCAGUACCUUCCUCAAAAACGAUUUGAUGACGUGCUUUGUAGAACUGACAGAUACCUAGCAGGCGAGAAAACUGAAAAGGGCCAACUUAAGCAAGAUGAUGUUUGCAGAGUUGACACAGCAGAGUCCGUGAUUGUAUCAAAACUAAACAGUCUUCCUUCUUCACCCCCCACUAACCAAAAUCCAGAACCCUUUCACAAAUCAUCUUUGCACCAAGCAAGAAUAUCUGCACUUUCAAAGGAGGAAAUGUGCCCUUCCAAUGAUAGAAACAUGGCUGUGGCUUUCUCUCCUGAUCCUAUUUCUCUGGAUAGUAUUUUGCAAAAUACAGGUAUAAAAGCUUCAGCACAGCUACCAGGAGUACAUGUUUCUGGGCCUGGGCGUGUUCAUGUUUCUCAAAACCGCAUUUCUUGUAUGGCACAACGUGUGUCCAUUUUAAAGCCCCAGACUCAAGGUUUUAACCAGGCUGCUUGCUCUAGUUCACCUCAGACUCCCAAGUGGAGUGUUCAGAGAGUGCCAGAUAUUCGACACAACUCACUGAGGAUUCGAUCACUCAUUAAAAAUGCUAGUGCAUACCGGGAUAUUCAGAGAAGAGCUGUUGUGCAAUCUCAAAAUGACCAGACGCCUAUCCAGCCUAGGCAGUACUUUGGGAAAAACCUGUCAAAUGAAGCUUCUGGAAAAGGUGCCAGUCCUGAAAUGAAGGAUUUGGCAAUUUGCCUGUUUAAUGAGGCUAAAGAUACUCAAGAGGACAGCCAGUCUGUGACAAGCUGCCAAGAAAGGCAACACCCUGGGAAAACUGAGAAUAAAAAGAAAUCCCCAAUGGACAAGGAGCUUACAGAUUACCAACAUAAAGAGAAGUCCCAUUCACAACAAAAUCAAGCUGUCCCUUCAGUUCCUCCUCCUUUUUUCCAGGCUGUACACAGAGAAUCUGUUAUUAUGUUUUCUCAAGGUGGAAAAGUAUGUGGGCCACUACCCCUUCCUGUUGUAGCAGUUCCACAGACCCAAGCUUCACAGAAUUCUGCUUUUUCUCAGUCAUCUAUUGCUGUGGAAAAAGAACGGUUUGCCUCUAAUCCAGUACCUUUUAGAUCUUCAGGAUCACCUUCUUUGACUGACGCAGAGAACGUUGCAUCAGGCUGUUCAGCAUUACAGUCUUGUGCAGCCUUUUCACUGAAUGAAGGUGGUGUCAUUCAACCAAGGUCUAAGAUGCCUCCUCUCACUUCAGCACAAGCCAGGCAGCGAAUGACAGAUGUCUUAUUGGAUGAGGAGUGUGCCUUCUACACGAGUCGAAAACUGGAUCAGCACCGUUUCCUUUGCAGAAACUUUACUAACCCGAUAGCUGGAACCCUGUACUUUCAAGAAAAUAUUAUAUUUAUUCCUGUCAUCUUGCCUGCAAAUCUACCAGAGGCUCAGUCGGAGCUUCCUGUAGUAGUUUCAGCUACCAGUUAAGAUACUGGUAAAUCAAACAUUUUAGGUUUUACACUUCCAUAUUGGAAAGUGACAUUCAGUAUUCCUUCCCAUUUUUAAGAGUUUCAGUGUUGGGUCUAUCGACAGAUCCAUGUUCUGUGCUUUCGUUGGGAUACUUCAGAGCACUGUGUAUGUGAGCAGAGCAUCCUCACAUUAUCUAAUCACUUUGGGCCUUUAAGCUUUAAAUUCACCCCAGAAUCACUCUGUCUUAACUUAUGAAAUUUAUGUAUAUAACUUUCUAAAUAAAAAUAUAAUUGUCAUGUCAA